UUAUUUCAAACUUUUGCCAUAAAUUUGUCAUCAAAUUCCAGCAGUAGAUUUUUGAUAAUUUGAAUUUUCAAAUUGCAACUUUAGGAUAAAAUAACUCUUAGGGUACUGAGUAGCAAGUGUCUGAAGGUCAAGUGUGGCUCUAUCAAGGUGUAGGAUCGACGUCGGCCCGCACUGAUACUCAAGUUGAUGGUAAGGCGACAACCUAUUGCCGCAACUGUCAUCAAUCCAGAUAGCUAAUCACGAAGCAGACACAGGCGAGACAAAUACAGCUGACACAGCACAUGACGUCUAUAACAUUGCGCAAUAAUUAAAUUUAACGAAUAAAUAAUGUAAUUAUCAAAAAUAUUUUUUUAUCUUAUCAUUUUAUGAAAGAAAAUUUUUUUUAAUCUCAACCAAAUUCCCUCUAAUUAAAAGAAAUAAUUGAGAAUUUAAUUCUAUUGAUUUAAUAUUUAAUUAUACUGAACAUUGAAAUAAUUUUCAACCAGUUUUACUUUUAAAAAAGAUGAAUAAAAAAGUAAUUGUUGAUUGUGACGGUGGAUAUGAUGACGCAGUAUCACUAAUACUGAUGAUAAACGCUCAUAAAAAAAAUUUGAUUGAUUUAAAAGCAAUAACUUGCGUUGCUGGUAAUACUGACAUUGAUCAUGUUGUAAAAAAUGUAUUCAGAAUUUUAGAUGCUUGUGAUUCGAUGGAUAUUCCAGUGUACAGAGGAGCAGAUUCCUCAUUAAUUUCAAUAGAAUCGCUGGCUGUUAAAGCAACUGAAGUUCGAUAUCAUGGACAUGACGGUUUCGGUGAUGUUUUUACAGAUGAAAUAGACGUCAGUUAUUUACAAAAAGAUCACGCUGUUAUUGCGCUGCAUAAAUUAAUUACUGAUAAUCCUAAUGAAAUAUCUGUGGUGUGUUUAGCGCCGUUGACAAACAUCGCACUGGCUAUUAAAAUAUAUCCGGAUAUUUUGAAAAAUGUUAAAGAUUUUUAUAUCAUGGGCGGUAAUUCGGCGGGACUAGGAAAUACGACACCGCAAGCUGAAUUUAAUUUCUAUGCUGAUCCAGAAAGUGCCCAUAUAUUAUUACAAAGUAAUAUUAAACCACUGUGGCUUUUUCCAUGGGAAACUUGUCUUAAGUCAAACAUCACAAUUGAAUGGCGUGAAAAUGAACUUGGAAAACUAAAAGAAAAUAAAAAAAUAAAAUUAAUAAACACAGUUGAAGAUGGAAUAUACAAAAAUAAAAUAAAACGUAAAGUUUAUCGUCCAUGUGACGCAUUUUGUGCCGCUGCGUUUAUAAACCCAGAAGUUAUAAAGGACUACAACAGCUGCAAUGCUGAUGUUGAACUCCAGGGCCUGAAAACACGUGGAUUCGUAGCCAUCGACCACUUGGGAACUAAGAAACCAAAUAUCAACCUCGUUACUGACCUAAACUUUGAAGAAUUCAAGACUCUGAUGCUUGAUGCCUUCAAAUAAUAAUUUUAAUUAAAAAAAUUACAUGUGAUUGAAUUAUCUAUUAAUCAUUUUUUUACAUACUUUGUACAAUAAUUCUAAUGACAAUGUAUUUUUAAAUUAAAAAAUAAAUUUCUUUACUUACA